GACAUGGACUCACCGGUCUGGUGGUGCCGCUGGCGCCAAGCUUACCCAUCAAGAUUUUCUUUUCUUUUCUUUUCUUUUCUUUUCUGGCAAACAUCAAAACCUCAAAAAGUAAAAGAAAAGAAAAUGAAGAGACUAUGAAUUAGUUCCACAUCAUCUUUACAAAAAUGUCACUCUCUAUCUCCGUCUCUCCCUUCCCUUCAUACCCACAACCUCUCCAAACAAUUUCCCUUUUCAAACCCACCAAACCCACCACCAUUUCUACCCCACCAAAGCUCUCAAACCUUCCCACCAUCAGAUCUGUUCACAAAAAUUCUGACCAACCACCAGUUGCUACAUCAAAACCCAGAUGGGAAAACAUGUUGUCCACUGCAGCAAGCCUGUACCCUGUGUAUGUGACCGUUGGAGGGAUUGUAGCGUGCUUGAGACCAUCCACUUUUUCGUGGUUUGUGAAGAGAGGACCAACUUCGUAUAGCUUCGCGCUUGGGUUCAUAAUGUUGGCAAUGGGUCUGACACUGGAGCUCAGAGAGUUUUUCAGUUUGUUCUUGCAAAGGCCUCUUUCUAUACUUUUUGGAUUUGUUGCUCAGUAUACAAUUAUGCCUUCUUUUGGAUGGAUCAUUAGCAAAACCUUGGGGCUUCCACCUGCUGUCUCAGUUGGUUUGAUAUUGCUUGCUUGUUGCCCUGGAGGUACAGCAUCCAACGUGGUGACCUUAAUUGCUCAAGGGGAUGUUCCAUUAUCUAUUGUAAUGACGGUUUGCACCACGCUAGGAGCAGUAAUUCUUACUCCUCUUUUGACCAAGAUUCUGGCUGGAACUUUUGUUCCUGUGGAUGCUGUUAAACUUUCCAUCAGCACCAUGCAGGUUGUUGUCGCUCCGAUUCUGCUAGGUUCUUAUAUGCAGAGCACAUUUCCUGCAGCCGUGAAAGUUGUGACACCUUUUGGGCCACUACUUGCUGUUCUGACUUCAUCACUUCUUGCAUGCAGUGUAUUCUCAGAAAAUGUUGUUCGGUUGAAAUCUUCAGUGGUUGUUGCAUCAGUAUCGUCUGAAGCAUCACCUCUUCUUCAUGCUCGAGCAAUCCUAUCUGGUGAACUUGGGGUUAUAAUACUUUCUGUGCUGUUAUUGCACUUUGCAGGAUUCUUUGUUGGGUAUAUAUCGGCAGCUAUUUCUGGGUUUAGAGAGCCACAACGACGAGCAAUAUCAAUUGAGGUUGGCAUGCAAAAUUCAUCAUUAGGUGUGGUUUUAGCAACCUCCCAUUUCACCUCGCCAAUGGUCGCAUUACCCCCGGCCUUAUCUGCUGUGCUCAUGAAUAUUAUGGGUAGCAGUUUGGGUUUCUUUUGGAGAUAUGUUGAUCCCUCUGAUUCGCAGACUUCUCCUAAAGUCUAUGACCAGUGACGAUGAACCCCUCUUCAAAUGUUACUCAGCAUAAGGAUCAGAAAUUGUAUUGGAGGCAGAGUAGUGCACUGAGUUGUGGGAAGAGUUUUGCACUCUGUUAUGAGGCAGUUCAGAUUUUGGUUUUGGAGUUUGCUCUUUGUUCUCAUCUUAUCUUGUUUUUUUGAGGACAUCUUAUCUUGUUUGGUUGGGCACUCACCAAUUAUGUGGGGAGCUAGCAAAUGAUUGGGCUGGCUUCUCGGUACCAACCUAUUUACGAUUGAAGAGUUUGGCUGUGAUGCUCUUUGCUUCCCCUUUCUUUCUGUAUUUUAUUGAUGUAGGUCACUUGUGUAA